GGUGACGCAUGCGCGUGGCGUUGAAUCGGACGCGCGCGAGAGCACUCCAGGAAGGGGGGCCGACUUGUUUGCGUUCCCACGUUGUUGUCAUCUUCAAACUUGGAUUCACGACGCCCAUUCGCCUAAAAUGUGGAACCAGGGACACAACGAGUCGUCGAGUAUGACUGGUGGCUACACUCAGUCCCCCGGUGGCUUCGCGUCGCCUUCCUUGUCCCAGGGAGAGAAGAAAGGGAGAAGCCGACUCUCCCAGAUCAUACCAUGCACAGUGUCCCAGCUGAUGGCCGCCACCCAGUCGGACGAGGCCUUCAAAGUUGGCGAAGUGGAGGUGUCCCAGGUGACCCUCGUUGGAAUCAUCCGGAAUGCCGACAAAUCCGUGACCAACAUCCAGUACAAGGUGGACGACCUGACGUGCGCCCCCAUGGACGUGAAGCAGUGGGUCGACGCGGAGGAGCCCAGCGUGGACGGCACCGCGCUGCCUCCCGGCACCUACGUCAAGGUAUCGGGAAACCUGCGCUCCUUUCAGAAUCACAGGUCGGUGGUGGCGUUCAGCAUCAAGCCCCUGGACGACUACAACGAGAUCACGUCGCACAUGCUGGAGGUGGUGCAGGCGCACAGGAGCCUCGGCAAGAUGCAGACCUCGGCCGGAACGGGCGAGUCCACGGCGUCGGCGCCGCGCGGCGGAGCCGCGGACUCGAGUUACGCGGGCGCGCGCGACGUGGCCAACAACGGCUUAAGCGGCACUCAGAAUCAGGUGCUGAGUCUGAUCAAAGGCUGCCCGGACCCGCAAGGCAUCGGUCUUCGCGACCUGAAGGCACGACUGCCCAACCUCAGCACGGUGGCCAUCAAGCAAGUUGUGGAAUUUCUGAGCAACGAGGGUCACAUCUUCUCCACCAUCGACGAAGACCACUACAAGUCAACAGAUUGUGACCUUUAGUGCUUACUUCCUCUUCUUCGUUCGACUCCAUUUUGCCAAAGGCGCCGCUUUGUAAUUGUACUUUUUUCCCUUUAAAAAACAAAACAAAAAACCUUAUUCGUAACCUUAAAUAAACAGAAUACUGUUGUCA